CAAGAAAUAUGAAGAGAAAAAAAAACUAACUUGGAAACAGCGCGAAAUAAAAUCAGUUGUCGUCAUUAUUUAAUAGCGGAUGAAUUAGCUAGAAAAUUUCUAAUCAUCCUGUGACAUCCUUAUCAUUUAUUCAAAGAAAUAUAUACAGUGAUGAUACAAAAUUGUUUGAUGCACACACACACAUACACACACAGUCACAAACACUCACAAAUGAAUGUCUCAUGAUGUUUUCCAUCAUACGUAAAAUUCUUCAACAAACCAAUAAUUUGUUGAAUGGUCAACAACAACGAUCAUCAUCAUUAUUGAUAAUUGAUAAAUUUUGUCGACAUUUACAUAGUGCCACAUUGUAUCAUAAUAAUAAUCAACGUCAUCAUAAUAAUAAUAAUAAUAAUAAAUUAUUCGAACAUGAAUCGAUGAAUAAUAAUGAAUUACCAGAAUUCCCUGGUAUGAAAGCAAAAUUUAUAACUGAAUUAAAAUUUUUGGAUCGUUGUGAUGAAAAUGAUUCAAUACGACCAUUUAGGAUACUUGAUGUGGAUGGUACAUUUGUUGCUAAACAAUAUGAAAAACAAUUGGAUAUUGAUCUUAUGAAACGAUUCUAUCGUGAGAUUGUACGAUUAAAUCAAAUGGAUGACAUAUUGAAUCAGGCUCAACGACAAGGACGUAUUUCAUUCUAUAUGACAUCGUAUGGUGAAGAGGCAACACAUUUUGGACCGGCCGCAGCUUUAUCCGACAAAGAUUGGCUAUUUGGCCAAUAUCGUGAACCAGGUGUAUUGUUGUGGCGUGGUUUUACAUAUGAACAAUUUAUUAGCCAAUGUUUUGGAAAUAAUCAGGAUCUUGGUAAAGGUCGACAGAUGCCCAUCCAUUAUGGUAGUCGUGAUUUGAAUUAUGUUACAAUCAAAUCAUCAUUAGCGACUGGAUUACCGCAUGCAGUCGGUGCUGCUUAUGGUUUUAAAUUAACUCAACAGGAUCGGGUAUCAUUUGCUUAUUUUGGUGAAGGAGCCGCAUCCGAAGGUGAUGCUCAUGCAGCUUUUAAUUUUGCCGCUACCCUACAAUGUCCGGUCAUAUUCUUCUGUAGAAACAAUGGUUAUGCAAUUUCUACACCCACUAAAGAGCAAUAUCAUGGUGACGGUAUCGUGGUAAGAGGACCGGCAUUAGGUAUACCAUCGAUUCGUGUGGAUGGCAAUGAUAUAUUAGCCUGUUAUUAUGUAGUGAAAGAAGCACGAAGAAUCUGUAUACAAGAAUCACGACCAGCAUUGAUCGAAGCCAUGACCUAUCGAUUAAGUCAUCAUUCAACGUCUGAUGAUUCAUCUGUUUAUCGUAGCGAUGUUGAAGUAAAAUCAUGGAAAGAAAGUAGUCAUCCAUUGAAUCGUAUUGAAAAAUUAUUACGUCGUUAUGAUGCAUUCAAUGAACAGGAGGAAAAAGAAUGGCGAAAUAAACAUCGAAAAGAGAUGAUCAAUUUGAUUGAUCGAUUAGAAAAACUACCUAAAGUACCGAUCAGAGAAAUGUUUACCGAUGUUUAUGAUCAAAUGCCUGAAUAUCUUCAUGAACAACAUCAAGAAUUAAUGGAACAUUUACAAAAGUAUCAUCAACAUUAUCCACAAUUGACAAAUUUUAUGGAUGACAAAAAAUGAAUCGAAAUAAACAAAUAAAAAAAAAUUGGCAAAUCAAUGGGCCAUUCCAAAAAAAAACAUUUUAAAAUUACGCGCUUUAGCUAUUCUAUUUUAACUCGUAUAUGAUAUAUAUAUGGUAAAGUUUAAAUAGCCAUCGAUUGUGUGAUUGAUUUUAUUUUUUUGUUGAUGAUUCUACAUUAUAAUUUAUUUAAUGUUUGAUGAACUAUUAAUAAAAGAUAUUGAUAAAAAAAA